CUUACCAGAUUCAGUCGCAUCCCUCAUGUUCAUGUUUGACUGCAUGAGUGCAGAAGAUCGAUGGAGGUCCGGAUAUUGCGACAUGGCGGGGUUGAUGGUCAGCGCAUCUUGGGAGCCAGAAGAUAACGUGUUGGAGAAUUUACUUCAACGAGUUUUUGUAAAAUGUAGUUUGCUCAAGCUAAAACCAAGACACAGAUUUCUCUUUGUUGCCACUCUCGGUUCUCAUUUCAAUCUCUGAAGAUGACCGAAAAUCACCCUUUCUCCUUCCCACUCUCCAUCACGUUUUUGGGACAUGUUGCGGUCCCACCUGCUAUUGUUCUUGCAGUCUAUUUACUACAAAACGAAAUUGCAAGAUAUCGAAUUAGAAUCAAAAAUCUUCCUGGGCCCCUUGGCUGGCCUGUUGUGGGCAACCUUUUUCAAAAAUCAGCUCAAGUGCCAGCAGAAACAUACCGAGUCUGGUCAAAGAAGUAUGGGCCAGUGUUCCAGAUACAGCUGGGAAAUACCACGGCUGUUAUCGUCAACACUGCGGAGGCUGCCAAGCAGCUAUUCCUCGGACAACGGCAUGCCAUAAACUCUCGACCAACCUUCUAUGUAUUUCAUGGAAAAGUAAGCAAAGCUGUUACUAUCAUCGGCACCAGCCCAUGGGACGACUCUUGUAAACGUCGCCGCAAACUGGCAGCUGGGGCAUUGAAUCGUCCGCGGGUAGAAAGCUAUGCGCCCAUUCUGAACUUGGAGGCACGAGAGUUUCUCAAAGACCUGUACGAAAACUGCCGUGGUGGUUUGGUGGAUCUCGACUUCCGUUCAGCUGCCAGGCGCUUCUCCCUUAAUCUUAGUCUGACCCUCAACUAUGGGACAAGGGCCUCCAACAUCAAGUCCCUAGAGGAUGAUCCUCUCCUAUCCGAGAUCAUUUACGUCGAAUCCGAAAUCUCAAAAAUUCGGGAUACUGGAAAGAAUUACACCAACUACAUACCUGUCGGAUUGGAAGUCCAAUUCGGCCGCGACGUUUUAGGUUUACAAUCUACGCCGAAGAAUCACGCAAUGGAUAUUGGCCGCCGAAGACUGGAAUAUAAUGAUAUUCUCCUAAGCCGACUCAAGGACGAAAUUGCUCAGGGCGAAGACAAGCCCUGCAUUCAAGGCGCUGUUUUGAGGGAUCCCGAGUCGGCAACUCUUACACGAGAAGAGUUGAUCAGCGUGAGCCUGAGUAUGAUGGCAGUAAGGCGCCGAUCAAACCAGCCAACCUUGGCUUGGGCCAUUCUUCUACUCGCACACCGCCCUGAUAUACAAGACAAAGCAUAUGCGGCCAUUCGAGAUGCGGGUGUUCUACAGCAACCAUCUAACACAUACGCUUCUACCAAGAUUGACUACAUAGAAGCACUGACGAAAGAGAUUUCGAGGUACUUUGUUGUCUUGAAGCUUGCACUACCCAAGGCAACAUACAAUGAUGUCACUUGGGGGUCCGCCACAGUCCCGGCCAACACUCUAGUUUUCUUGAAUAGCUGGUCUUGUAACAGAGACCCUGACCUGUUCAAGGAGCCCGAAGUAUUUGCCCCUGAGCGUUGGCUUCCGGACGCACCCGAUCAAUACGCGCAUCAAUUCGCCUUUGGUAUGGGUGGACGUAUGUGUGUGGCAUCUCACCUCGCACACGGCGCUUUAUACACAGCCUUUUUGCACUUGAUCGCCCAAUUCAAUAUCUUACCUGCGGAUAGCAAGACCUCAGUAGAGAUCGAUCCGAUCAAAGGGCUUAAUGGCCUUUCGUUUGUUGCCACACCAAAAGGUUUCCAGGCGAAGCUUGUGCCCAGAGAUGGAGCAGGAUUGGAAAGUUGGUUGGAGAGCCCUGAUGAGAGCCUGUAGAGGUCUCGAUGACUUAUUGGUUCUUGGAGAGAGAGAUAGGAUUAGUCCGGGAUGACCUUAUUCGUGGCUAAAUCAUUAAUGUUGUUAGGAAAUUCUGA